UGUUGGCUCCAACGGCUAUCCACGCGAUAUGUUACAAAAAUCCCGCGAUAGUGGCCACUUAUUUAGAAUUCCCGAAAGAUGGCGGCGGCGCCUCCGGAUGAGGUAACCCUGCAGUCUCGCAUCAACAAGGCCACCAACCCUUUGAAUAAGGAGACAGACUGGGACAAUAUCAAGGGAUUUUUUGAUCAGCUCAACAAUGAACCAGACGGUCCCCAGCUUGCAACCAGACUUCUGGCCCACAAGAUCCAGUCUCCUCAAGAGUGGGAGGCUAUGCAAGCGCUUAUGGUUCUUGAGACGUGCAUGAAGAACUGUGGAAAGCGAUUUCACAGUGAAGUGGGAAAGUUUCGCUUUCUCAACGAGCUCAUCAAAGUGGUGUCGCCCAAGUAUCUAGGUACCCGGGCUCCAGAGCCAGUGAAGAAGAAAGUGUUAGAAAUAAUGUACAGCUGGACAGUGAGGCUGCCCGGUGAGACCAAGAUCGCGGACGCCUAUCAGAUGCUGAAAAAACAGGGCAUUGUCAAAGUGGACCCUGUGCUUCCUGAUGACAAGCCCCUCCCACCCCCUCCACCCAGAGCCAAAAAUGUCAUCUUUGAGGAUGAGGAGAAAUCCAAGAUGCUGUCUCGCUUAUUGAACAGCACUCACCCAGAAGAUCUAAGAGCAGCAAACAAGCUCAUUAAGGAAAUGGUCCAGGAGGACCAAAAGCGUGUGGAGAAGGUGUCCAAGCGAUUGAACGCCAUCCAGGAGGUGAAAGAGAGUGUCAGCCUGCUGAGCCAGCUGCUGGAGGGCUACAGCAAGCAGAGCUGCUCCCAGAGCAACCAGGAGCUCAUUAAGGAUCUUUACCAGCGCUGUGAAAAGAUGAGGCCUACGCUAUUCCGAUUAGCAAGCGAUACAGAGGACAGCGAUGAAGCCUUAGCGGAAAUCUUACAGGCCAAUGACAGCCUGACCCAGGUCAUCAACCUGUACAGACAGCUGGUAAAGGGGGAGGAUGUGUCAAAGGAUGGCAUAACCUCACAACCAGACUAUAAGAUCACAGAUGGGUUUCCUCUGUCCAAAUCAGGCAGCAGUAGCUCAGCACUCGUAGACCUGAUGGGACUUAACUCAUCCGUCAACACGGCACCAUCCAGCCCAGAGCCCUCCAGCCUCCAGACCCUGACUCAUAACAUGGGCAUCAGCCUCUUGGAUGAUGAGCUCAUGUCACUGGGUCUGAAUUUAACGGAAAACUUCGACUCUCAGAACACUUUUCAGGUGCAAGUUCAUCCUGAUGGCACAGAAUCAUGUGCAACAUCGGCCCCUGCUGCCGUGUUGCUACCAGCUGUGGUCCAAACAGCGCAGGCUCCGCCAGCAGUGGGCCCCACUGCUUCUCCUAAACCCAUGGAAGAGCUGGAAAUGUUGGGGAAGACAUUGUUACAGCAGUCCCUACCUCCAGAGAGCCAGCAGGUCAAAUGGGAUAAGCUCCAACCUCAAUCCAGAGUCAGCUUACGAGAUAUGCAGACCAAGUCCGCCGCCAACUGUAGAGCCGCUCCUAAUGUAACCCCCGCCUCCUCUGGUCCCGCUCCUGCUCCUGCUCCAGGGCCCACGUCCAGCCCGAGCGUCCAUUCGGAGCCGCCUGACGCUCUCCUCCUCUCCAAUCUGAGUUUCGCAGCUGCUACCGACCCCUACGACAACAUCUCUCUAGCUGAGGUUACCGUGCCUCUGGAAGCAAUCACACCUAGCAGCUUACUACCAGUGACUGUAUUCGACAAACACAGUCUCCGGGUUUUGUUCACCUUUGCCCGUGACUGUCCUCCAUCGCGGCCUGACGUGCUGGUGGUGAUCAUCUCCAUGCUGUCCUCCGCCCCCAUUCCUGUCACCAACAUCCGCUUUCAGGCAGCUGUACCAAAGGUGAUGAAAGUGAAGCUGCAGCCUCCCUCCAGCACUGAGCUCCCAGCCUUCAAUCCCAUCCUGCCUCCUGCCGCCAUCACACAGAUCCUGCUGUUGGCCAACCCUCACAAGGAAAAGGUACGUUUGCGGUACAAGCUGACAUUCAACCUGGGCGAGCAAUCUCACGAUGAGUCUGGUGAUGUGGACCAGUUUCCGCCCCCAAACACCUGGGGGAACCUUUAGGGAGAAGGACCGACCCCCUCCCCCUCCGUCAUCUGAUCUGCUGCUUCCUUUUUAGAUCUAGGUUGAAGUUGUCCCUCAUCGCUGGCUGGAGGCGAGACGGCCUCUUUUAAACUUCCGCGGUUUCAAACUCUGGUUCGGUAAUACAAACUGACACGAGGCCAGUUGUGGGAACCAGCUUCUACCUUGUGCCUUCCUUCGCAGCCUUCCUGUCCUUAUUCCAUCGGCUCCGCGUGUUCCUGUGUUCCGUAGCUACUUUCUUCUUCUUCUUCUUUUCAACAAUCAUUCCAACGCAAACUAUAAAGCAAACUGUCAGAAACAUUGAUUCAAUGCAGUGGCAUAAGGGGGGAAACAAGUUUUUUUUUGUUUUAAAACCUGAAUGUGUGCAUUUGUGUGGUUAACACACUGUCUAACCAUCAAUCAGAUGUGCCAUGUCACGUGUAUUACAUGUAACCGCUGGUGUCUCACAUUAUUUCAUUUUCUUUGUUUUAUUUUUUUUGCCAAACCCCAGUGCUUACCCUGGACAGCGUGAGUAUUGUCACAGUUUGUGUGUUCCGUGUUUAUUCUGAGUGUUCAGAGUAGGGUUGCAAGAACUAAUUUUUUCUUUUUAGUUCAUCAAUAAUCAGAAUCCAAAUGGGAUUUAUUGCCAAGUAAAGUAACACUCCCUUGGUGGUUGGUGCAUUUAAAACCUAUUAAAACAAUAAAUGUAAAAGACAUGUAAACCAAACAAAUUUGUACACUAUAACUGUUUAACAGUAAGAAAGGCUGUAUGGUUUAGUGCCGGGUGUGCAAAAGUUCAGAAUAUAUAUUAUGUGCAAAGGUCAGGUAUAUAAUCCAUGAUUUUCGUUAAUGUAAGGUGUAGUGUCUAGGGGUGGGGGGUCCUAAGAGUCUGUGUCAGUGGGGGUCGCAAGUAUUGUUUAUGAGGCCCACUGCAGUCGGGAUGAUACUGCUUUUCAGUUAAACUUAAAGUCAGUUACAUGCUUCAAGUGAUGUUUACAGUAUGACCAAUAGCCAAAACAGCCCAAUGUAUUCAACCUAUGAAAUGGAAUAGUUGGUAUUUUUACCUGAUAAGUAACUUGAUUAUUAGAAUUUGAAAUUAAUUUCCUAUCAAAUGAUGGAUUGAUUAAUUUGCUAACUGUUUCAGCACUUCGGUGUUCUAGAGAGAGGCGCAGCAGUGGACUUAAUAGUCAGAUGGUAUCAUGCUCAACCUACUAGCAAACCACUUCAGUUGCAGAGGGAAAUGAUUAAACUAAAUUUAAUUGGUAUCACUUUGAACGCAUUGAAGCGGUUGUUGUUUAUCCAAUGGAGACAGUUCAGAGCAUGAGAUGAAAUGCAGUAAUAAGUGGAAAAGUGUGUCAUGGGAGCAUGAAUUUGUACACUGUUUUUAAGUAUUGCCUUGGUUUUUUUAUGUGUGCAUGUGUGUGUGUGUGUUGUGAGAGCUGUGAGAGCUGUGACAAUAGGCCUUUACCACAGCAGACUUGUCAUAGUAGGAAAGGUAAAGGUGUUUAGGAAUUCAACCAUUUAUGUCAUUAGUUACACUGUGCUUUUCCUACUGGGUCAGAAUGUCUUCUGUGAAAAAGGACUUUGUAGAAAGGGUCCUAAUUCUCUGCCCCUGUUAAAAUACUGAAAUUUAGCUUUUAAUUUCUGCACUUUUCUUUGUUUUCAAAAGAUCGGGACAUCUUUCACUCAGAAUGUUGAUUUUGAGAGUUAUUUUACACAUGAACUUUCAUGCACUUUUUUUUUUGUUGUUGUUGAAGUUUUCCUUUUGCACAUGUAACCAUUCCAUAUUACAAUACACUGUCUUUUCUCAUUUGCUGCCUUUUCUACUGUUGAUCAACCCAAAGAGGGACAUGAAGUCCUGAGUUGACAUUUCUGACAUCCCGUUAGAUUCUACCACACGUGCCUGAGAUGCAACGUUUGAUUUUCAUUUGCUUUGUACAUAUAUGUAAACAAACGACUAGUUUGAUCUCUGUUUCUGUUUUUCAUACGUUCGUGUCCAUCUCAAAAAGACUUUGUGAAACAAAUGGAACCGCCAAUGACGUUACAGAAUCAUCCUAAUAUCCACGGCCAUUGAGUUGAUCGGAGCACUUGGGGUCAUAAAGACGAAAAUAAAAUGAGAUUGUGAGAAAUAAGAUUCUGACAUACCUUUGAAACUCUAAAUGUGUGUAAGUACUGUACACUAGGGAUAGAGCUGGAGAUUCAGUUUAGAAUAUGACCGAUCAAUUACCCACUGAGUAAUAUUGAUUCAAUUAUAGACUUACAUGUGUUACUUUUCUGAUGGUAGAUCAACUCCCAUCAUCACACAGUGCCAUUCGUGAUUCUAAGAGGCUGUAUUGUAAUACUAUAAUCGGCUAUUUCACUUCCAUAGAGCUGUGCUUUUAUUUAUUUUCAUCUACAGUUACACGAUUAACUUGUCUAGGACUGGAAGGAAGAAAGCAAUAAUGAGACAAAAACAGUAGCCUCAGUACUCCCCCUUUCAGUCCUUCAUGGCUCAAGCAGAUCAUAUAUAAUGAACAUCUGCGCUCCCUGCACGAUUUGAAAACUAUGCAUUGAGGGGGCUGUAACAGUUCGACUACAUGGUCAGAUUUAUCUUGUCCACAUAGAUGCAAAUUUGCCCAUGGUCAUUGCUACAAGACCUACAACUUUAUUGCAGCCUCCAUCUUCUCCACAGUGUCAAUGUACAGAUUCUUUGACAAGACCAUAGCUGACAGAGAGCGAGAUGGCAGAGACUAUAGCUCUGCCUUUUUGACCGAGCUCUUGGCCUUAAGGUCUUAACUCAGUAAGUCUUUUGUCAUCCCUCUCUGCACCGAUGGAACCUGAGUUACAGAAGCAGCCAUCGCACCGUUCUCCCAACAUGAGACAGGCGACUUAUGUCGUGUAGCUAUGCUAUUUCAUGUUUGGGUCUAGUAUUCAUUGAGGUGCAUUCAGGGAUACGCUACAAAGUCUUCCCUUGUCUCCCACAUUAAUUCGGACUGGCAAAAAGAAAAACUAAGAACUAAAAACAUGUAACUUCAACUGAACUGGAUCCAGCUUUUUAAGACCGAUACACCACAGAAAGUACAGCAAAACUAGGUGUUGUGACAAGGUGUGUACUUGCGUAUUUCCAUCCUUUUGUGCUUCUAAUGUAAAUAAAAGCUUAAUGCCAUGGUGUAUAUUUACCAGUGCACAUGCAAAAUACAAAAGCAACACAUGUACAUACUGCUGGGCACAAAUGAAAAUGUACUACAAAUGUGUAUUUAAGGCAAAUAAAGUCAUUUGUAUGGGGAAUUUA